AAGGGGAACCGAAAGGGUGGGGUUGGCCGGCCCCGUUCUUCCUCCCUGUACGGCAGACCCCAGCGCCGUCCCUGCGCUGAGUCCCCACAGCCGCCCCGACCCGCGGUGCUGGGCCGCUCGGGGCAGGCGUGGGGCAGCGGGCGCAGCACAGCACUGUCCAUCCGGGGUGGCCGGGAGGGCUCGAGGACGCAGUGAGGACCUGUCCGUUCUGCCCGGCGCUGCUGGGGGUGACACAGUUGCUGCGACACAAGCAACCUCGUGAGCACGGCGAGGAGGCAGCUGGGGGGGCCGACAUGGCCAGUGUCAUCCUGGAGAGCAUCUUCUUGAAGCGCUCACAGCAGAAGAAGAAAACGUCUCCCCUCAACUUCAAGAAGCGCCUGUUCCUGCUGACGGAGAGCAAGCUGUCCUACUACGAGUACGACUUCGAGAGGGGGCGCCGAGGCAGCAAGAAGGGCUCGGUGGACAUUGAGAAGAUCACCUGUGUGGAGACGGUGGUGCCUGAAAACAAUCCUCCCCCUGAGCGGCAGGUCCCGAAGAAAGGAGAGGAUUACAACAUGGAGCAGAUCUCCAUCAUCGAGCGGUUCCCCUACCCCUUUCAGGUGGUGUACGAUGAGGGGCCCCUCUAUGUCUUCUCCCCGACAGAGGAGCUGCGCAAACGCUGGAUCCAUCAGCUGAAGAGCGUGAUCCGGUACAACAGUGACCUGGUACAGAAGUACCACCCCUGCUUCUGGAUUGAUGGCCAGUACCUGUGCUGCUCCCAGACAGCCAAGAACGCCAUGGGCUGCAAGAUCCUGGAGAGCAGGAAUGGCAGUUUAAAAGCUGGGCGGUCACAUCGCAAAACAAAGAAGCCUCUUCCCCCCACUCCCGAGGAGGACACGAUGGUGAUGAAGCCUCUGCCCCCUGAGCCAGCCCCCAGCGCAGCAGGCGAAAUGAAGAAGGUGGUGGCCCUGUACAACUACGUGCCGAUGAAUGUGCAGGACCUGCAGCUGCAGAAGGGUGAGGAGUACCUCAUCCUGGAGGAAAGCCACCUGCCCUGGUGGAAAGCCCGCGACAAGAAUGGAAGGGAAGGAUACAUCCCCAGCAACUAUGUCACCGAAACGAGCAAUUCCCUGGAGAUUUAUGAGUGGUACUCAAAGAAUAUCACUCGGAGCCAAGCAGAGCAACUGCUGAAGCAGGAGGGUAAGGAAGGAGGCUUCAUUGUCCGAGACUCUACCAGCAAGACAGGGAAAUACACUGUCUCUGUUUAUGCCAAGUCUGCUGCAGACCCCCAAGGGAUGAUCCGCCAUUACGUUGUAUGCUGCACCCCCCAGAAUCAGUAUUACCUGGCAGAAAAACACCUGUUCAACACCAUCCCAGAGCUCAUCACGUACCAUCAGCACAACUCUGCCGGGCUCAUAUCCAGACUGAAGUAUCCAGUGUCUCGACACCAGAAAAGUGCCCCUUCCACAGCUGGCCUGGGCUAUGGGUCGUGGGAGAUUGACCCAAAGGACCUGACCUUCCUGAAGGAACUGGGGACAGGGCAGUUUGGUGUGGUGAAGUAUGGGAAAUGGAGAGGCCAAUACAAUGUUGCCAUCAAAAUGAUCAGAGAGGGCUCCAUGUCAGAAGAUGAGUUCAUCGAUGAAGCCAAAGUCAUGAUGAACCUAUCUCAUGAGAAGCUGGUGCAGCUCUAUGGGGUCUGCACAAAGCAGCGUCCCAUCUUCAUCAUCACUGAGUACAUGGCCAACGGCUGUCUCCUGAACUUCCUGAGGGAAACUCAGCGGCGGUUCCAGCCUGCUGAGCUGCUGGAAAUGUGCAAAGAUGUCUGUGAAGCUAUGGAGUACCUGGAAUCCAAGAAGUUCCUGCACCGAGACCUGGCUGCUCGCAACUGUUUGGUGAAUGACCAAGGGAUUGUUAAAGUCUCAGAUUUUGGCCUUUCCAGAUAUGUUCUGGAUGAUGAGUACACAAGCUCCAUGGGGUCAAAGUUUCCAGUUCGGUGGUCUCCUCCUGAAGUGCUUCUGUACAGCAAGUUCAGCAGCAAGUCUGACGUGUGGUCAUUUGGCGUGCUGAUGUGGGAGGUUUACUCUCUGGGAAAGAUGCCUUACGAGAGGUUUAACAACAGCGAGACCACGGAGCACGUCAUCCAAGGCCUGCGCCUCUACCGGCCCCAGCAGGCCUCAGAGCGGGUCUACGCCAUCAUGUACAGCUGCUGGCACGAGAAGGCCGAGGAGCGCCCCACCUUCAGCGCGCUGCUGGGCAGCAUCGUGGACAUCACGGAUGAAGAGCCGUGACCACACCUACCCGCCCUCCCUUCCCGGCGCCGGUGGCUGGAACUACCGGGCCGGGGACACUGAACAACACCUGGGCACCCGCAUGGCCCCGCUGCGCGCACAGCGCGGGCUGUGAGGCCCCGCAGAACCCCUCACAAUAAACCUCUCCUAACAGC